AUGCCGAAGUACCUGGUGAACGAGGAGCGCCUUGUCAAUGACGUUCAGAGAACAACAUGCCCUCUUAAUGUCUGCUGCAGUCAAUACGGCUUUUGUGGCAGUACAUCGGAAUUCUGCGAUGACAAGUGCCAGUCCAACUGCGUGCUGGACCCGGAAGUGCCUUCUGGAGGCUCCAGCAAGAAGGUUCUCGACAACAAAGUAAUUGGCUACUACGAGGCUUGGUCAGCCCGAAGGUCCUGCAGAGCCUUCCCGCCCAGUGGCAUUCCCAUUGACGGGUUGACACACGUCAACUUUGCCUUUGCCUAG